GCCAAAGAACACCUUUCCCAGUGCACUCUGAGGCUGCGAAUCGUGAAGGUCCACGACGCACAUCUUCAGUUCCCCUAGUCUUCCCUUUGCGUACAUAUUCCACACUGAAAAAUGCGCGAGAUUGUUCACAUCCAGGCUGGCCAGUGCGGCAACCAGAUCGGAGCUAAGUUCUGGGAAGUCAUCUCGGACGAGCAUGGCAUUGACCCCACUGGCAGCUACCAUGGGGACUCGGACCUGCAGCUAGAGCGAAUUAAUGUCUACUACAAUGAGGCUUCUGGAGGCAAAUACGUCCCACGUGCCAUCCUUGUCGACCUGGAGCCUGGCACCAUGGACUCCGUGCGGUCUGGUCCUUUUGGGCAACUCUUCAGGCCAGACAACUUCGUCUUUGGCCAGAGUGGUGCAGGCAACAACUGGGCUAAGGGCCACUACACAGAAGGUGCCGAGCUCGUGGACUCCGUUCUGGACGUUGUCCGCAAGGAGGCGGAGGGUUGCGACUGCCUGCAGGGCUUCCAGCUCACGCACUCGCUUGGCGGUGGCACAGGCUCGGGCAUGGGGACCUUGCUCAUUUCAAAGAUCCGCGAGGAGUACCCCGACCGCAUCAUGAACACCUUCUCGGUCGUCCCCUCGCCCAAGGUGUCCGACACCGUCGUCGAGCCGUACAAUGCGACUCUCUCCGUUCACCAGCUCGUCGAGAACACGGAUGAGACUUUCUGUAUCGACAAUGAGGCAUUGUACGACAUCUGUUUCCGCACCCUGAAGCUCACCACGCCCACGUACGGAGACCUCAACCAUCUCGUGUCUGCAACGAUGUCCGGUGUCACAACUUGCCUUAGGUUCCCAGGUCAGCUGAAUGCUGAUCUGCGCAAGCUGGCAGUCAACAUGGUCCCAUUCCCCCGUCUCCACUUCUUCAUGCCUGGCUUCGCCCCGCUCACCGCCCGAGGCUCUCAGCAGUACCGUGCCCUGACCGUGCCCGAGCUCACCCAACAAAUGUUCGACGCCAAGAACAUGAUGGCGGCAUGCGACCCGAGGCACGGGCGCUACCUCACAGUGGCGGCCAUCUUCCGCGGCCGCAUGAGCAUGAGAGAGGUGGACGAGCAGAUGCUCAACGUCCAGAACAAGAACUCCUCCUACUUCGUCGAGUGGAUCCCGAACAACGUCAAGACGGCCGUGUGCGACAUUCCACCUCGCGGGCUCAAGAUGUCCGCCACGUUCAUCGGAAACAGCACUGCCAUCCAAGAGCUCUUCAAGCGAAUCUCUGAGCAAUUCACAGCCAUGUUCCGCCGAAAGGCUUUCCUCCAUUGGUACACCGGAGAGGGCAUGGACGAGAUGGAGUUCACGGAGGCAGAGUCUAACAUGAACGACCUGGUCUCUGAGUACCAGCAGUACCAGGAGGCCACUGCCGACGAGGAGGGAGAGUUCGAGGACGAACCAGAGGCUGAUGCCGAGGCUUAAGCAGCAUCGUUUUUUUUUUUUUUUUUUCAUCCAUUGUUCCCAAACCCCGUCACCCUUGUUCAUUUCAUUCCA